CAGAUGUUUACUCUUCUGAUUCCAUAUCCAACUACACCACUGAGGUGAAGGUUAAGUCACAUGCAGAAGGAAGGAAAGCAGAUCCAUGCCUGAGGCCAAGGGAAGAUCUAUGGUUUCUCUGUUUAAUAUCCAGCACUGGAACCCAAGCUUCUGACUCAAAGACUAAUGAUUUUUUUUUUUUAGAACUGUUUCCAGAUUUAAACUCCAAUAUGUAGGACCAUUAACAACCCUCUCUAAAGAGAAAGAAACAGGCUUCAAAUUCUUCUGUGAGCAAAAAAGACCUGACAUCAAAAGCUGGAAGACCCAGGAGAAAACCGGGCCUCAGGUGCCCACAUGAUUAGCACAGCCAGGGUACCUGCAGAUAAGCCAGUACGCAUCGCCUUCAGCCUCAAUGACUCCUCAGAUGAUCCACCUCCUGAAGACUCCAUUCCUUUGGUCUUUCCAGAAUUAGACCAGCAGCUGCAGCCGCUGCCACCUUGUCAUGACUCCGUGGAAUCCAUGCAGGUGUUCAAGCAACACUGCCAGAUCGCAGAGGAGUACCAUGAAGUCAAGAAAGAAAUUGCCCUGCUGGAGGAGAGGAAAAAGGAGCUCAUCGCCAAGCUGGACCAGGCAGAAAGAGAGAAGGUGGACGCUGCCCAGCUGGUUCAGGAAUUUGAGGCUCUGACGGAGGAGAACCGGACACUGAAGUUGGCCCAGUCCCAAUGUGUGGAACAACUGGAAAAACUUAGAAUACAAUAUCAGAAGAGGCAGGGCUCAUCCUAACUUGAAAUGAUUAAAUGUAAGCAUAAGACAGUGGUGCCUACUCUGUGCUGGCCGGAAGGAUGGCCAGUAAACCUAUUGUUUCUCUGUAUUACCCACAUAGAAAAUGUUUAGAAGAAGAUCAUAUAUAGUUAUAUGUAAUAAGAAUUAACAUAUAAUUAUAUAUAAUAUUCUUUAGGAAGAUGUGAUCACAAUAUACAUUAAGGGUAGAAAAUGAUAAAAAGAAAAUAGAGUAUUGACUAACCCCCGCUAAGAAUCAUGAGCCAUGAAACAAACCAGUAAGAUUCUCACUGUAGCUGCACAUCUGUGCAUGCAUAAAUUUCAUGCCUUUGACAUUUCAGUUCUUCUCAGAUACAAACCAUCGCUAUUUCUCUGCAUAUAUUUAUGUUCACUAGAGUCACAUGUAAGCCUUCCAUGAUCGAUUGUCCUAAGAAUAAAUGGUUGCAUACUAUAAAAGCUCUCUCAUGAAAAUAUUAGUGGAAAUCAUGCUGUGCCAAGAGUUCAUUCACCUGUGCUGACUUUCUGUCACAAUAAAAACACAGGAAAUUCUGUAGUUUCUUUACUCCCUGUUAACACAUGGUAAACAUCUCUACUUUGUCGUGUGUGUACUCUUGGGGUACAGGUAAAAUGGAAAGGUAUGGUGUCUACCAUUAUUUGGUGAGUUCCCAUGUAAACAGCAGUGAAAUUAGAAGAUUACUUUGAUGUGGUUUAGAUCAGGAAUAACUAAUAGUAAAUUCUGAAUGAACAUAUAUAUAUACAUAUAUAUAUAUAUUCCCCUCAUUCUAGUUACUCAGCAUUUUGGUCUCUCACCCACAUUGGUCUCUUUGUUAUAUUAUGUCCAUUUCUAUUCAUGUAACUUCUUUUUCAUUAAACAUGGAUCAAAAUUG